CAAGAAGUAGCAGUAGAUGAAGCAGACGUGCUUGUUCUAUUGUAGUUCUACAUCUACUUGCAGUUGUAAUACUAAAUAUAGUGAAUGAUCACAAUCCCGACCAACAACACCUAAAAGAUGCCAGUGUCGUCCAGUCCGAGUCGUGUGCCUGUGGGCGCCACAGGCACUGGAUCUAUCUCUACGAAGAAAGAGUCCUUGCUUGGAACGCCAUCGCCUCAGAGGGAAGGCCACGAGGACCUGAAGCUCAACGAAGACACAUCAAAAGAAUUGGCUAUCGAUGGCGAAGGUCACGAGGACAUGGAAGUUGACAGUGAAGAUGCUGCGAAGAAGAAGGUAGAUGCAGCAAUAGAUGACUUCUACAGUUCUACUUUCUGCCCAGCAGGUGGCCAAGUUAAAAGUGCAGGUCCUAAAGAAGUCCAUCGCGGAGAUCUUGAUGAGCUUGACCGAGAAAAUGCUGAGGAGGUUGACCGAGAAGAUGCUCUUGAGCUCGACGGAGAAGGUUUUGAAGUCGAUGCCUUACCUGAGGAUUUUGGUGAUGUACAUCACACCAGAACCUACAAAAAAACGCGUCGUAAGAAAUGGCCAUUUCCACGUCGUGUGACUACGAGGCUCGAACGGAUAAAGCUAGUUCUCCGGAAGUUCGACAAGGACAAAGUCGUUGGCGAGAUGAUGGCGUCGCUGUGUGUCGAUUGUUUCCGGAAGCCUCCUGGGACACGAACUGAGGUAGAAGAAGAAACGCUUGAAAUGAUGGCCACGGCGUUAAAUAAUAUCCUUCGCAACUUCAUGGAGGACAUGCGCAAAGAGUUUAAGCCCUACUUUGACCUCCUACAAGAACUACAGGUUGCUGUGUUCCAAGAACAAAGCGAGGCGAAAAAAGUUACGUUGAUGAUAUUAAGGAUAUCUAGUUCUCUACAACCUCUAGUGUCUCCUGAAGAUGUUGAAUCUGUUUGUGCUGAAAUAGGCAUCGAUCUAGAAGUUCUAGAACACCUAGAUUGAUAGAUGAUGCAUUGGUACAACCUAUAAAUAUGUAUAUCUUGAAGCUCUCUACUGCAGCACCAGGGCUCUUGAAGAUCUUUGUUCCUCCAGUCUUCCAUCUUCCACAUUCUCCUUCUCUAAGAUCAAACUACAGACUGCCUUGCAGCAGCUAAAGAAGGCACGAGAAGAGGAACAUGGGUGCCUGACUGCGUGUGAAGAGGUGCAAAAAGCGAAGCGCGAGUUUCAGAGGAAGAUGGAGUUGACUGUUACCAAAGCAGUAAACGACUCGAUGUCCGAGAUCAGCUUGCUCGAGCAAGGCUACGAAAAAUUCCUGCACCUCCGAGACCGACCGCCGAAAUCAAGGGAGACAAGAGUCCGCAUGCUACAGCUGAUGGCAGUGUUCUUUCAAACCUUAGGAAUAAGAGAUGUGGCUCCUUUUCAUGCAGCCUUGGUGAAGGAAAAGAGCGAGCGGACUACAGGAGGAUGUGGAGGAGGAGAACAAUCUGCUUCACCUCCAGCAUGUUCAGGAGCAACCUCUUCAUCGACCACGUCCUCGAGGGCAACAGCAGAAGCAGCUUGUUCAGGAGCAACCUCUUCAUCGACCAAGUCCUCGAGGGACGAAACAGCAAAAGCAGCAGCAGAGUACAGUGAUCAAGAACUACUCCAUGCACUGGAUGUCCGAUUUCAGACGGUCUUAGAACAACGUCGACGCGCGUGUGGCCAGCAUGGACAUUCUGUGACUGUGAUGCAGGACGAACUCAAAAUUUGGCACAGCAAAAUCACAGCGGCGAAGGAGAAGCUGACAGCUGCUCAGACAGCCUUAACGACAGCACAAGAAGACGCACGGACAAAGACGAAAGCAUACGAAUGCUGUUUUGAGCGCCAAGACGUGCUAUAUGCGAAGAAAGAAGUGUACGAAGCUCAGGAAGACUAUGCGCGUGUGGAACGACAUCGUAGGUUGAUAGCAGACGCAGUUCGAUUCUUUGGCGACUUGCGAAAGCGUGACGCGACAAACGAGAAAGAAGACUGGUCACCGGUGAGGAAAAUCGAAGUCGAGGAUGAGGACGUCAAUCACAACCUUUCCACGGACAAGGAAUUGAAUCUCGAGGACGCUGACAGUGGUGCUGCUCAUCUCCAGCCACAACAGUGUGGGGGCGAAGCAACUGAAAAAACACGUAGCAAAAGAAAACCCGGCAGGCCAAGAAAAAAACCAGACUCUCUAGUAGACUCUCAUUCUCACGGGGAAGAAGUAGGAGCUACAGCUAGUUCCUCAUCUUCAACGUGUUCAUCUUCUACCACAGGGAGCACAACUCAAAGAGCAAAGAAAGGGUCAUCCACCAAGCAGAAUACAACUUCUGCAAAACGGAGAAAAGUAGAACUUCCGACUAUCAUGGAAGAGGAGGAAAUUACAGAUCUGAAUGAGUACGAGGAUGAGUGGUUCCCUGGAUUCGGUGAUGGUCAUCAAGAGGAUGAUUUACUUGCAGAUGAUAAAGAUGCCGAAGAUGUUGCUAAGGGUGCGUCGAAUAAAACCAAGGGUGUGAACAAAAAGAACAAGAAAACUACAACUUCAUCUUCAUCAUCUAGCACUACGUCUACAAAAGGAAAUCGAGGUCGAAACAAGGGUGCUAAAAAAGACAGUGGUAAGAAAGACCUGGACAAGAACCGGAAGGCUGCGAAAAAAGCAGCACGUAAAAACGAGACUGAGGAAGAAAGAAAACUCCGAAAAGAAGCCAAGGCUGAAAAGAAAAGACGCAAAGAUGAGCAUACAAUUAGCGGAGGAGAGUGAGCAGUUGUAAAAGUGUUGGUCAUGUAUGGUUCAAGCCUCUCGGAUGUCGUGGCGUUCUGUUCUCAGUGGCUCACACAAAGCCUCGUGCUCGACUGUCAUCGGGAUGAUCUCGCAAGACAUGAAUGUCAAUGAUCAUGAAUGCUACUUCCAAUGCACACUCAAUGCAAAUUCAAUGCAUAAUCAUAAUGGUCAAGGUAUAGACUAGGCACGGCUAUACUGAUCCUAGUCGUAUGAUGCAUGUUCAGUCCGAUCCCUUCUGACAUGCUUAUGUUGAUGAUGUGUGAUUCAUCGACCCAAUGAACCAAACAGGGACUACACCAGCCAGAGAUCGCAAGUCUCAGGCAGGAGUAUCAAGAUUUGCUUGCAUUCAAGAUUCUGACUUUGUGUUUCCACUGAGAAACGAACCAAGGCACGGAGGCCUGUGCUCUUGUGGUCCAGCACUGGUCUAACCCUUGAGCGGCAAAAGUAAAAUAAAACUGGAAGUAGUGUAGUAAAAUAAACAAAUCCAUCAAAAUGCCCUGCGAGGCCAGGGAGAUCCUCAAGAAGUUGGGACAGAAGUCCGACUGGCGCGAGUGGCAACGAGCUGUACGUCAAGAAGCUAGUCGCCUAGGCUUACUUGAGAACUACACGAAUGUAGUCAACGUGCCGGCCGUUCCACAUGGUAUACCGCAAGGUAAUGCCAGUCGUGAAGAAACGACCCGCCAGAAGUGGCGCAACCUGAAAGACGUAAUCAUACGAAGUCUGAAAGGUGCGGCCAAGUCGUUCGUCGACAAUCGGAAUAACGAUGGCGCGGUGGACGAGAUGGAUGCUGGUGAAGUUGUUGCUCUACUUCGUGAUCAAGGGAACUUCAACGCAAACAAUCGCCAGGAGCAGCGCAUGAAGGUCAAGCCGUUGUCGGAGGGACUGACGAAGUUCCACAACAGCGACCAGCCUGCAGAUGUCAAGGAGUUCCUCUCGAAGAUCCGCGACAUCAUGAACCAAUCGCCCACCGUCUUCCCGCCGGAUGCAGAUCUGCCCGACGCUGACCAACAGAACGGAGCGAUCCUGCUGAAGUUGCCCGAGUUGUUCUGCAAGAACUUCAGAGCGACUAUCGAGCGGAUGCAAGAACAAGAUGGCCUGACAUUUGACCAAAUUGAAGACCGACUUGAGAAACGUCUCACAACGUUGAUCGAGGAGGGAACCUACAAAAUUGAGAACGACUCCUUCGGGAAAGCGUUUCCGGUCAAUGUUCAGGAAACCUCGAACAAGCGUCCUCGUGAUGAUAAGAAUGAGGAUGGUGACGAGGUAGAGGCCAAUAAGGCAGAUGGUAAGACCUUCAUUUCCGCUAACGCCCUCAAGCGUUUCAAGCAGAAAGAAAAGAAGAAGGCAAUCGCCGAGGUCUACAACUCCUACGGGUACCAACCCAAAGGAGGAAAGAACGGCGGACAAAAGCCGAAGAAAGAUAAAGGGAAAGGAAAUAAGAAUACCUAUCCACCCCGCUGUGCUUGCUGCCACAAGGUCGGACACAAGUCCUCCGAGUGCUGGCAUAACACACAAGCCCUUCAACAGGGACAGGGAAGUUGGACUACCGGAGCCUCAUCUAGUAGCUCUAGAGGCAAAGGUGGAAAGGGUAAUAGCAGUGGUAUGAUCCACAUGUCGCAGGUUGCGGAGAUGCUCAACAUCAUGAACUCGCACAACCGAAGCUGAGCGAUGGAACCGUACGAAUUUGGGAAGUGUUCGCUGAAUUUCGAAGAAGAUGAAAUAAUAACAAAUGUUGUUAACUAUGCUGAUAGCUACAAAACAGAUGGAUAUAGUUUCACAACAUUGAACACUAGAACAUCAGAAGAAGCAACUCUAGUCGAUAGUUGUGCAAACAAAUAUCUAUCACGACACAAAGAUGAUUUCGAUGAAAUUGGUAACAACAUCUGUAGAAUAACAGGUAGUGCAGGUACUAAAGACGGAAAAGUCGGAAAACUCAAGAACAACAUACUUGGACUAAAGAAUGGAGUUUACUAUGAUUCUCUACCUGGAAACAUAGAUCGCAUAUUACCACGGUUAGGAGACGGAAACUGCUCGCAAUUAGGGUGGGAGUUCAAUUUCAGAGGCACUGGUGGUUGUAUCGUGCACACGGACACCGGCCAGAUGCUACCCAUCAGAGCUCACCCACGCUCCCAUCAGAGCUCGCCCACGCUUGCAGCUACCCGUACUCGCAUGUAAUUUCUUUGAAAACAAACAUGAAACUGGUUUCACUUGCGCAUCCAUUGAAGAAGGUGUCUCUAGUUGCUAUCUUACGAGAUUAGAACUACACAGGAGAUGUGGACACUUUCACAUAGAUGGUCUACAAGUUAGUUGCCCAGAAUGUGACCUACAUAAAGGACAACGAAAAUCCCAAGCAAACUCUAGAGAUAUGACCACCUACAAACCUGAACCCCUCAAACUACUUGCAAUAGACUUUGCUGUAGGGAUAAAACCUGUUUCAGUAAGAUCUAUGAGAUGUGUUCUAGUUGUCAUAUGUGACGUAAUUAAGAAGGCGUUUUGUCGACCGCUGAGGCUUAAAAGUGACUGCGUGGAGGAAAUAGACCAAGUCAUAAAAGGCAUUCGACAGGACUACUCCUUAUCGCUAGAUGACAAGGUAGUAUGGUUCAUCCGGAGGGAUGGCGAACCAGUCCUCGGUAGUGAUGACAUGACCAAACUCAUGCAAUCGCUGCGGGUCUCAGACAGUCCGGCUGUUCCUUAUAGUCCGGAAAUGAGUGGGACUGUUGAACGUUUUAUGCGGGCCUUGUUUGGCAGCGUGAGAACAAUGCUAACGAAGGUUGAUCGACGUCUUUGGUGUUACUGUGUUGAAUACGCUAGUGACUGCUGGGAUCGUCUUCCGCAUAAUUACGCUAAAAUGCCAGAACAUGAUGGAAAGAGUCCAAUAGAGAUUCUAGAAGCAAGAACUGGUAGAAAUUCUUCCAAAAGCAAAAUCGGCAUGCUCCGCCGAUUUGGUUGUCUUGUUUACUUUCGUGAACAAAUCCAAGCCAACACUCCUGAACCCAAGCUCUCGGCCAAAUAUCGCCGUGGCGUCUUCCUUGGACUCUGUCCGAAGUCGUCUGGUUGGUUGGUUGCUACUUUCGCUCAUGACGAUCGUUGCAAGCUUGGAUAUCGAUGGGCGGAAUGCUCUACCCUAGAUGCCAAGUCCAGAGAGGAUUAUCUAAUAAAGGACAUAGACUGGCUAACGCCAGAUAGAAAGGGCUUUUACUAUGAGUGCGACGAACUGGAAAACUUGCAGUGUGGAGCGUCGUCGCUGGGCUCCCCCUUGAUUGGGCAGUCAGUGCAAAGGCUGGAUCAGCAAUCGGGGUUCUCUGGCACGGAGCGCACCUCAGGUGGGCCGACCGGUAUUCCCGAAGAACUAUAUGCUGAAACCUUAGACAAGAAGGCUGAAUCCGACGUGGCUGACUCUUCUGAAGGUGUUUCACUUGAGGAGGGGAAAGUUGAAACGAAGGGUCGGAUCUCUGACUCACCUAGUCCGACUAGAUCGAAAGCGCUAUCUCCCGCACGUGUUGUGGCAGGCGAACGCCAUACACACGGCAAGAAGCGUGGCCGACCGAAAGGAGCCAAGGACAAGGCUGGAGGAAGGAUUCGUAGAACAAAGAAACAGAUAGAAGAACUCAGAAAGAGUUUAGCGCUGUUCGCAAGUGCUAUUGGUGGCACGUGUGAGAUAGACGAAGAUGAGGAAAUCGUCGAAUCACAUGUGAUGCUGUCCGUUGCCAAUGCAUUAAAGAGUCCUGAAGCUGAAAAGUGGAAGGAAGUCAUUGACAUUGAGCAUGCGAGACUACUAGCCUUUAAAACGUGGGAAGAAGCUACUGGCGAGCAGCUAGCAACCGCGUUACGGGCUCUACCAAUUGCCAUCAUACUAACAAGAAAGAGAUGUGGAAAAUACAAGGCAAGAGCCUGUGUACUCGGUAAUUUAGAUCGUUCGGGAGAGCUAAACACCUUUGCUCCCGUGGUAUCGCAUGCCGCUAAUAGGUUGCUCCUCACUUCUGCUGCGUCAGAGGGGGACUAUGUGAUCCCGUUCGAUUUAGAUUCAGCGUUCCUCAAUGCUGAACUCGAUCGAGAUGUCUACUGCCGCCUUCCACCCAUCUGGGCGGAGCAGCAUGGAUACGAGAUCGUGAAGCUCAAGAAAGCUCUAUACGGCUUGAAGGACGCACCACGAGCAUGGUUCAAGAGGUAUCACGAGAUUCUAGCCAGUCUUGGUUGGGAGCCGUGUACUUCUGCGCCUGGAUUGUGGCGCAAACCGAGCAGCAAAGCACCGGGGAAGUUCCUGAAGAUGUCUGUCUAUGUAGAUGACAAUCUUGCUACAGGUCCUGACCAAGAUGAGCUCAAGACCGAACUAGACCUCAUUUUCACACGUGCUCCAGGCCGUGCGAUUGAAGUCGAGUCAAUUCUAACCCCCUGGGGUCUCGAAUGGCUAAAGUUCGACUUCUUAGGUGCGAUCGUGUACUAUGGCCGUGAAGCUAAGUCGUUCAGACUGUGCAUGGAGCAGUACAUCGAUAAAAUUGCUAAGAAGUACGAAGUUCAACUAGGGAAACCGGUUUACUCGCCCAACUUUGACGAAACAACUUUUCUUGAAGACGGGAUCAAGAUAGUUGAUGGGUAUCCCUUUCGUGAGGUAGUUGGUGCCUUACUAUGGGUAGCUGUAACCGCGCGCCCGGAUAUCUCUGUUCCGGUAGCGGCGUUGGCUAGACAUGUCAGUAAACCCACGUCAACAAGAAUGGCCAAAGCAGCCAAGAAAGUCCUAAAAUGCCUGGCGUCAACAAAAGACCAAGGAGUAGAAUACUCACCAGAAAAGGAAGAAGAAUUCGACAAAAUAUAUGAGAAACUUCUACCAGAAGGCAGAGACAUGCCAGAAGUAAACAUAUUCAGUGAUGCUGGUUUCGCGAACUGCAUCAAAACAAUGAGGAGCACUAGCGGCUCCAUAGUGUACUUAUGUACUACAAAGGUACACCCAUAGCAUGGAGAAGUAACCGACAAACGGUUAGAGCCUACUCAACGGCAGAGAGUGAGUAUAUUGCAGCCUCUGACACGAUAGUGCCUGCUCAGUGAGAUGCAUGACUUCACAGACUUCUAUAGGCCUCUUCCAACUCAGUUGGUACACACACAGAACGGCUUGUCUCCCUCCUUAGACAAUGCUGUACUGUGGAUAGACAACCAGUCUGCGAUCACAACAGCCAAAGCAACAGACACUCGCCCUAAAAGUAGACGCUAUGCUUUACGUUGUCUAAGAGUGCGCGACGCUGCUAGUAAGAUCGUGCUCUGUCCUACCAACUUGAUGAAGCAAGGCAGACCCACUUUCGAAACUAACCUGCAGUGCCACUCAGCGUAGACUUAUCCUACACCACGUAGAUAACCCAAUAACUACAAGUAGAGAAGAUGACUGUGAUUCCUCUGAUGAUGAAACGGAAGAGGAUGACUUAGCUUACUAUAGCGUAAUAUAUUCGGUUUAUUUUGGUUUCUAAACCACCGUAGCCAAGUCACAUACACUAAACAAGAGAUGUGACUACCGUGACUCAACACACAGUGAGGCGGUCACGUGAGACGGACUGCUACCCCCAUCGAUUGAGGAGGGGUGUUGGUCAUGUAUGGUUCAAGCCUCUCGGAUGUCGUGGUGUUCUGUUCUCAGUGGCUCACACAAAGCCUCGUGUUCGACUGUCAUCGGGAUGAUCUCACAAGACAUGAAUGUCAAUGAUCAUGAAUGCUACUUCCAAUGCACACUCAAUGCACAUUCAAUGCAUAAUCAUAAUGGUCAAGGUAUAGACUAGGUACGGUUAUACUGAUCCUAGUCGUAUGAUGCAUGUUCAGUCCGAUCCCUUCUGACAUGCUUAUGCUGAUGAUGUAUGAUUCAUCUUACCCAAGCCAAUGAACCAAACAGGGACUACACCAGCCAGAGAUCGCAAGUCUCAGGCAGGAGUAUCAAGAUUUGCUUGCAUUCAAGAUUCUGACUUUGUGUUUCCACUGAGAAACGAACCAAGGCGCGGAGGCCUGUGUUCUUGUGGUCCAACAAAAAGCCAACUGUUCUUCCGUACUCCUCGUGCUUUCUAGUUCUUCUGAUCGUGACAUAUUACUUCAGAAAAAAUUCUCUCCGUAGACAUUUUUUCAAUAGUGGAACUUACUAAGAAAUACCUCUGACAACAAGCGAAACUAAAUUUGAACUACCUCUGACAACACAAGACAAUCCGACAGCAUGCCAAAUCAAUGUUGUAAUCGAUUGUGUCCG